AUGGGCUGGGCACUGGCAUUGGAACCACAACGCUUGGCCGGUAUGACCGGUGUGGUCUGCCGUUAUCUCCUCCCCUGUCCGGAUCGCCCUGUAAGAGUUCAUCGAGAUGACGAUCCGGCGGCGCCCUCGCACCUUCAUGUACUCCGUAAGGGGGAUACACGCGUGCGCAAUGAUUCGGGCCAUCCCUCCUCCCUGUUCCGCGCUGACAAAGACCUGUCGACCGCUGGCGUACUUCUCGUUCAGCUUGAAAGUGUAUGCGGCGUCUGGCUCGGGUGCGAGUACAUACGUACCCCAAUACUGGCACACGACGGCCCCUGCGGUGAUUGGCCUGGCGGCGAAAAAACCGAGUCCUUGCCGCGUUACUCGCAGGUGCAACUGGCACGUGCGAAACCGGUUGUUGCAUUUCUUUGCCCCAAGGGAGCAAGUGUCUUCCUCGCACACUUGUUACUCGGCGGCGUUGGCACACGCGUCGAUUUUGCACUUGUCGACGAACCCGCAUAUCUCCUCUCGUGCACCUUCUUUCUCAAACGAUAUGCCGUGUAA